UCGGCGAUGGAGUCUUCGCAGAGAGGUGCAACGGUGCGGUCGGCGGCUGCUGGGAGGACGCCCCAGGGACAGCCAGUGGGAUCGUUUUCGCAGUUUGGUGCCGGGAGCGGAGGUGUCGGGUCUGCUGUGUCCUCAGUGGCUCUGGAGCGUGGCCUUGGGGUCUCAUUAGAUCUGGUUCGUCGGUCCGUGAGUAGCGGUUUGCGUUCUUGUUUGGCGUGGAUUUUUGGCCAUUCUUAUGUUUACUGGGGAGCGUUGAGAGCGGAUGUGAGGAGAAGUGGUCGGCAGUUGGGUUUCCAGCCGGAUGAGUUGCAGGUCCGGUGGAUUGGUGUGCGGGGUAUGUUGUGGGGCCGCGUGUUGCCUGAAUUUCAUGCUUUUGUCUCAUUGGAUAGGUGCCCGGAUAUUGUGGUUUUUCACGUAGGCGGGAAUGACUUGGGCGUUCGCCGCUCGAGGGAUGUUAUCAGGGACAUCAAGCUGGAUUUGUUACGCCUAAUGGAGGAAUUCCCAGAUUUGUUGGUAGUGUGGUCGGAGGUGGUAGCUAGGAGUUCGUGGCGUUUUGCGAGGUCAGUGGACCGGAUUAACAAGGCUAGGGCGAAGUUGAAUAAGGAGGUGGGGCGUUUUGUGCGGCGGCAAGGUGGUUUUGUGGUUCGACAUAGGGAGUUGGAGGUGGCGUCGCCUCAGUUCCUUAGGUCGGACGGGGUGCAUUUGAAUGAGAUUGGCAUUGAUUUGUGGGCACUAGGGCUGCAGGAUGGUUUGGAGACAGCGUUCAGGGUGUGGCGGGACGCCCAUAGGUGAGGUGUCUCCGAUGUGCGUCUGUGGCUGGUUAACGGGGGGGGUCCUGGAAGGCAAUACUAUGUUUAGUAGGUGCAUGACACGUUGGAACGUGCAUCUAUGUGGUUCGGUAAGCUGAAAGCUGGGGGCUCCUGUUGGGCUGGAAGGCCUACAGGGGUAGAGGAAUAUAUGGUUCUGGAGGAUUUGGUGCCCUUGGGUCGGCGAGUGCGGCCGAGGGUAAGGAUGGAGAUGUGUGGAGUGAAGAUCGCAGCUUGCUAGGGUUGCCUUCUAGGAUCCUUCCAAUAAGUGAAUGUUAUUAUUACAUUGUAUUUAUAUGUUUGUAUUUAUUGG